AUGGCGACCGCCGCUAUUCAUAAUGGUAAGUGGAAUGAUGAAGUGUUUGGUUUUGGAGAUGAUGGAGCUGACGAGCCUCUAGUCUCGGAUGAGACCCUCAAGGACCCCGUGGUAAUCGUGGAUGAGAAAUCCACCCAACCCGAUGUGACCGAAUCGACCGAAGCGGAGACUGGCUCGGGAGAGAAGGCCAAGAAGAAGAAGAACAAAAAGAAGAACAAGAAGAAGAACAAGUCUAUUUCUGAACCGGCUGCUGGAGAGGAGACUGCGGAUGCUCCCGAGCCGGAGGCCACAGAAGAGCCUGUUGAGGCGACACAAAACGGAACAGAGGCCACAGAAGAGACUGAGACAGUUGAGACCCCCGCUACUAAUGGGGAGACUACUGUUGAGGUCCCCACCACUGAAUCUACUGAGUCUGAAGCUCCCAAGGCUGAAGAGACAACCACGGAGGUCACUAAGGACGAGCUUGAGGUCACAGAAGAAUCCACCGUGGAGGCUGUGGAAGAAUCAACACCUGCCGAGUCCGCGCCAGAGCCAGUUGCUGAGGCCGAAACCACCACCGAAGCCCCGGUUGUUGAAGAGACUCCCGAAGUCGCGAAGGAGGAGCCUGUCGCCGAGACUACAGAAGAAGCCAUUGCUGAGCCUGCUGCGGACGAAUCGACCCCCGCCGAGUCUGCUCUAGAGCCAGUGACCGAGGAGGCUCCUGAGGAGACUACCGCUGAGACCGUCGAGACCACCGAAGCUCCAGCUACCGAAGCCUCCGAAGAAGCACCCGCUGAGGAAAUUGAAGCUCCUAAGGCUGAAGAGACCACUACUGAGGCCACACCGGAUUCUAUUACUGAGCCUGUUGUGGAGGAAUCGAUCCCCACCGAGUCUGCGCCAGAGACUGUGACCGAGGAGGCUAUCGAGGAGACCGUCGAACCCGCUGCUGAGACCCCUGCUGCCGAAGCCGCUGAAGAGACGCCCAAGGCCGAGGAAGUCGAGGCUCCCAAGGUCGAAGAGACCACCGCAGAGGUCGCGGAGGAAUCCGUUCCUGAGCCAGCUGUCGAAGCGGUCGAAACUGUUCCUGAGGUGAAGGAGGUCAUUGCCGAGGAGCCUAUCGCUGAAAGCGCCGCCGAGCCCACCGCCGAGGCCCCGGUUGCCGAAGCUUUGGAGGAAGCACCUAAGGCCGAGGAGACUGUUGCUGAGCCCGUUACCGAGCCCGUUGCUGAGCCCGUUGCUGAGCCUGUUGCCGAGCCCGUUGCUGAGGAGACUACCCCGGAGGUUGCCAAGGAGGAAGUUACUGAAGCUCCCAUCGAGGUCACCGAAGAAGCUCCCAAGACCGAGGAAACAACCCCCGAGGUCCCUGAUGUCGCCACUGAAGAGCCCGCUGCCGAAGCUCCCGUCGAAUCCACCGAGGAGAUCACCCCAGAGGUCACUAAGGAGGAGGUUAGUGAAGCUCCCGUCGAAGCCACCGAGGAAGCUCAAGUCGAGGAGACCGUUCCCGAGGUCGCAACAGAAGAGCCUGUCGUUGAAUCCACACCCGUGGAAGAUGUGAAUGAGGUCUCCGCUGUAGAGCCUACUGAGGAAGUCUCUGAGCCGGCUAUUGAAGAAACCGCUGCGGCCCCUGAAGAGAAGAUCGAGGAUGCUGUGGGGACUGAGGCUGAGCCCGUGGCUGAAGAGAAGGCUGUCGCUGCUGAGGAAUCAGUUGUCGAGCCUGUUGCCACAGAAGAGCCCACCACAGAAGCCGCUGUCGAGGAGCCUAUUACCGAGACAGUCGCUGAGACUGAGACCGCUGCUGAAGAGCCAAUCGCUGAAGCCGCUGCCGAGGAGCCGGUUAUCGAGGAGCCUAUUACUUCCGAGGAGCCCGUUGUCCAAGCCGCUGUCGAGGAAACUGAGCCCAUUGCCGAGAAGGCUGUUGAUGUUGAGGCUGAGUCCGCUGUUGAAGAGCCCGUCCAGGUCGAGACAGCCGAGGAGACUAAGGAGGAGGUCAUCGAAGAGCCUAUCACCGAAACCGUCGAGACAGUUGCAGAGCCUAUUGUCGAAGAGACCCCUGUUGAAGCAGCUCCUAUUAAAGAAACCUCAGUAGAAGCUGCUGCUUCCGUUGAAACCACCGAGGAAGCUCAGCCUGAGGCUACCCCAGAGCCAGUCGCCGAGAAGGAGAUCGAUGCUGAGGUUCUUGCUGCUGACCCCGUCUCCGAAGAGGCUGCCCCUGUAGUUGAAGAGACUACCCAGGAGGCCGUUGUUGAAGCUCCCGUCGAAGAGACUGCCAUUGAGGCUCCUGUUACAGAGACUUCCGUUGUCGAAGAGGCCGUGGCUGAAGAAGCUCCUGCUACUGAGGCUGCUGUCGCUGAGGAGGCUCCCGUUGUUGAGGAGACUCCCGCUGUCGAGGCUGUUGCUGCUGAGGAGACCCCUGCCGUUGAGGAGACUCUUGUUGAGGCUGCUGUUGUCGAGGAGACUCCCGCUAUUGAGGAGAACCCGGUCGAGGCUGCUGUGACUGAGGAGACCCCUGUCGAGGCUGCUGUUGUCGAGGAGACUCCCGCUAUUGAGGAGGCUCCUGUCGAGGCUGCUGUUGUCGAGGAGACUCCCGCUAUCGAGGAGGCUCCUGUUGAGGCUGCCGUUGUUGAGGAGGCUCCUGUCGAGGCUGCUGUGACUGAGGAGGCUCCCGUCGUUGAGGAGACCCCUGUCGAGGCUGCUGUUGUCGAGGAGGCUGUGGCUGAAGAAUCUCCUGCUACUGAGGCUCCUAUCGCUGACGAAACUCCCGCUGUCGAGGAGACCCCUGUUGAGGUAGCCGUGGCUGAGGAAACUCCUGCUGUCGAGGCACCUGCUGUCGAGGAAACUCCAGCUGUUGAGGAGACCCCCGCUGUUGAGGAAACUCCCGCUGUCGAGGAAACUCCCGCUGUCGAGGAAACUCCCGCUGUCGAGGAAACUCCCGCUGUCGAGGAAACUCCCGCUGUCGAGGAGAACCCCGUCGAGGCUGCUGUUGUCGAGGAGACUCCCGCUAUCGAGGAGGCUCCUGUUGAGGCUGCCGUUGUUGAGGAGGCUCCUGUCGAGGCUGCUGUGACUGAGGAGGCUCCCGUCGUUGAGGAGACCCCUGUCGAGGCUGCUGUUGUCGAGGAAACUCCUGCUGCUGAGGAGGCUCCUGUUGAGGCUGCUGUUGUCGAGGAGACUCCCGCUAUUGAGGAGAACCCCGUCGAGGCUGCUGUGACUGAGGAGGCUCCCGUCGUUGAGGAGACCCCUGUCGAGGCUGCUGUUGUCGAGGAGACUCCCGCUAUUGAGGAGGCUCCUGUUGAGGCUACCGUUGUUGAGGAGGCUCCUGUCGAGGCUGCUGUUGUCGAGGAGGCUGUGGCUGAAGAAUCUCCUGCUACUGAGGCUCCUAUCGCUGACGAAACUCCCGCUGUCGAGGAGACCCCUGUUGAGGUAGCCGUGGCUGAGGAAACUCCUGCUGUCGAGGAAACUCCCGCUGUCGAGGAAACUCCCGCUGUCGAGGAAACUCCCGCUGUCGAGGAAACUCCCGCUGUCGAGGAAACUCCCGCUGUCGAGGAGACCCCCGUUGAGGCUGUUGCUGUCGAGGAGACUCCCGCUAUUGAGGAGACCCCCGCUGAGGCACCUGUUGUCGAGCAAGCUCCCGUUGCUAAGGAAAUUCCUGCUGUUGUGGCUCCUACUGUUGAAGAGACUAUCGUCGAGACCCCCGCUACUGAGGAGCCUGUAGUUGUAGAGAGUGCAAAGGAAGCUCCUAUCGCCGAGGAAGCCCCUGUGGCCCCUAUCGUCGAGGAAACUCCUGCUGUCGAGGAGACCCCUGCUGUCGAGGAGACCCCUGCUGUCGAGGAGACCCCUGCUGUCGAGGAGACCCCUGCUGUCGAGGAGACCCCUGCUGUCGAGGAGACCCCUGCUGUCGAGGAGACCCCUGCUGUCGAGGAGACCCCUGCUGUCGAGGAGACCCCUGCUGUCGAGGAGACCCCAGCUGUUGAGGAGACUCCCGCUGUUGAGGAGACUCCCGUUGUCGAGGAGGCUCCCGCUGUUGAGGAAACUCCUGCUGUCGAGGAGACCCCCGUCGAGGCUGCAGUGGCCGAGGAAUCCCCUAUUGCCGAGGCACCUCUUGUCGAGGCUCUCGCUGUCGAAGAAACUGUUGAAGAGAUCCCCGCCGCUGAUGAGCCUGUAGUCGAGGAGACCGCUAAGGAAGACCCCGUCGUUGAGGAGCCUGUCGUUGAAGAAGCUCACAUCGCAGAGGAAACCCCUGCGGCCGAGGAGUCUGUCACGGAGGCAAAGGAAUUCGCACCGCAACAAUCUACUGAUCCUGAUGUCUACGGCGCAUUGCUCGCUGGUCUUCGGCCCGGAAGCUCUUGGGCACCAAAGCCUGCUGCCGAAGAGUCUAUGAGUAAGGAAGUUGAGACAUCCCAGGAUGAGCCCGUUGAGGAGACUGCCAAGGACAGUGACUUUACCGCCGAGGUUCUCGAAGCUGGUGUGGCCGCUGCCGCCGCCGCUGCAGGCAUUGCCGCCGUCGCCGUGCACCAUUCUCACGAACAGGAAGAGACUCAGACCGAGACGAAGGCUGAGCCUGAAGCACCUGCUGCAGAGCAGCCAGAAGACUGUAAGCCUUUGCUGUCGGCUCCUGCGCAUAAUGCGUCCGUCCCGUCCUUCGAAGCUGAUUCGGUUCUCGCAGCACUUGUUGGCGAUGGCGAAGCCCUUCUCCAGCAGCUUAACCAGCCCUCCAACGACCAAUUGACCUCCGUCACUACCAUCCAAGCACCACCUGCCCAGCGCCCCGUUGAGCCAGCCAAGGCAGUGCCCGAGAGUGAGCCCGUCGCCGAGUCGAGCCAGAAGGAUGUCGCCCCUCAGCCUACCCCUGCGCCUGCACCUGCACCUGAACAACUCACCCCUCCGAACGCCGCUACCGAUAACGGAGAUGAAGAUGCUCGUCCCACGAGCCAGAGUCGGUCAGUCGCCGCUCUUUCUAUCAACAGUGCAUCUGAUAAUUGGCUCAAGGCGCUCCUGCGCACGGUCUUCAAAAGCGUUGGACGCAUGUUCCGUCCCUGGUCAUGGGGCAAGCAAUAG